AUGAUACAUAAGCUUAUAGUCAUCAGAUUCAUUAUACCCUCGCGUGAGCGUGAUAACAAGAGACAUUUCAAUACAACGCCUAUCAAAAUACUGGAUGCUCCUGAUUUACAAGAUGAUUUCUAUUUGAAUUUGAUGGAUUGGGGACAUAAUGAUUGUCUGGCUGUAGGAUUAGGAUCAAGUGUCUAUUUAUGGAAUGCAAAUACAAGCAAAGUAACCCAAUUAUGUGAUUUAUCAACAGAGAAUGUUACAUCAGUAAAAUGGUCAACUAUUGGAAACUUACUGGCUAUUGGAACAAGCAAAGCAAGGACGAUACUUUAUGACACUGCAACAUCUGAAAGGGUGCGUACCUGGACAACUCAUACGUCCAGAGUAGGUAGUUUAGCAUGGGCAUCCAACAUAUUGAGUACGGGAGGAAGAGAUCAUUACAUAUACCAUCAUGAUGUUAGGUCAAAUGAAGCCUAUUUCAGAAGAUUAACAGGACACACACAAGAAAUCUGUGGAUUAAAAUGGAACCCAGAAGGUAAUUCGCUUGCCUCUGGAGGAAAUGAUAACAAUGUCAUGAUCUGGGAUUCACAUGAAAAUAUUAUCCUACAUCGAUUUAGUCAGCAUACGGCAGCCAUCAAGGCACUCGACUGGAGUCCACACAAAAGAGGGUUGCUCGUCACUGGUGGUGGUACGGCGGAUAAGACAAUGAAACUCUGGAAUACCAUUUCUGGAAAUCUAUUGUCUUCUCAUGACACUGGCUCUCAAGUAUGUAACUUGGUCUGGUCUAAGCGCACAGAUGAUAUUAUAUCAAGUCAUGGAUUCGCAAACCAGUUGGCAACAGAGUCCAACCUGAUUCAUAUCUGGAAGGCAGAUAAAAUGGAAAAAGUAGGCACGUUAUCCGGUCAUAAAUCGCGUGUGCUGUAUAUGUCGAUGAGCCAUGAUGGAAGCACUAUUGUCACAGGUGCUGCUGACGAAACAUUAAUGUUUUGGGAUUUAUUUUUAAAUGAGCCUUAUACAAGAAAUGACCCUGAAGAAAGGAUGACUUGCUUAAGAUAA